CAGGUUUGUCAGUGAACAAAAUGGCGUCCUACUGUAUGACUGUCACUCGGCUUCGGCUUGUCCUUGGAGAAGGGGCAAGGCGUCUCCAUGUUUCAGCAGCCUUUAAUGCCAAAGCCAAGGUGGCCAUGAGCCGCUUUGAGCCUGGCACCAGCAUCAGCUAUGAGAAGCUGCAUGAGAACAUCGACAUUGUGCGCAAGAGGCUCAAUCGCCCCCUUACCUUGUCGGAGAAGAUUGUGUACGGUCACCUGGAUGACCCUGUGGGGCAGGACAUCGCCAGGGGCCGAACUUACCUGCGCCUGCGUCCGGACCGUGUGGCCAUGCAAGAUGCCACGGCCCAGAUGGCCAUGCUACAGUUCAUCAGCAGCGGCCUGCCCAAGGUGGCCGUGCCCUCAACCAUCCACUGUGACCACCUGAUUGAGGCACAGAUCGGAGGGGUCGAGGAUCUAAAGAGGGCCAAGGAAGUGAAUCAGGAGGUUUACAACUUCCUGGCAACAGCUGGAGCCAAAUAUGGAGUUGGCUUCUGGAAACCAGGCUCUGGAAUCAUUCACCAGAUAAUUCUAGAGAACUAUGCCUACCCAGGAGUCCUGCUCAUUGGCACAGACUCCCAUACACCUAAUGGGGGCGGCCUGGGCUCCAUCUGCAUCGGAGUGGGUGGCGCUGAUGCUGUCGACGUCAUGGCUGGUAUCCCAUGGGAGCUCAAGUGUCCCAAUGUGAUUGGAGUAAAGCUGACUGGUAGUCUAUCGGGCUGGACCUCUCCCAAGGAUGUUAUCUUGAAGGUGGCUGGUAUCCUGACAGUGAAGGGGGGCACUGGAGCCAUCGUGGAGUACCAUGGCCCAGGCGUUGACUCCAUUUCCUGCACCGGUAUGGCAACUAUCUGCAACAUGGGAGCUGAAAUUGGGGCCACCACCUCUGUUUUCCCCUACAACCACCGCAUGAAGACUUACCUGAAUAAGACUGGACGUGCAGACAUCGCUGCCCUGGCUGACGAACAUAAGGAUGACUUGGUCCCUGACAAAGGCUGCAAGUACGACCAUGUCAUUGAGAUCAACUUGAGUGAGCUGAAGCCCCAUAUCAACGGGCCCUUCACUCCUGACCUGGCCCACCCAGUGUCUGAGAUUGGUGCUGUGGCUGAAAAGAACGGCUGGCCCUUGGAGGUCAAAGUGGGUCUGAUUGGCAGCUGCACCAACUCCAGCUAUGAGGACAUGGGCCGCGCUGCUUCCCUGGCCAAGCAGGCCCUAGACAAAGGCCUGAAGUGCAAGGCUGCGUUCACAGUCACCCCCGGCUCUGAGCAGAUCCGCGCCACCAUCGAGAGGGAUGGCUUUUCUAAGAUCCUGAGGGAUGUGGGUGGAGUGGUCCUUGCUAAUGCUUGUGGACCCUGCAUUGGCCAGUGGGACAGGAAGGAUGUGAAGAUGGGGGAGAAGAACACUAUCGUCACCUCCUACAACAGGAACUUCACUUCCAGGAAUGAUGCCAACCCUGCCACUCAUGCUUUCGUCACAUCUCCUGAGAUUGUCACAGCCUUGGCCAUCGCUGGUACCCUGAAGUUCGAUCCUGAGACUGACUACCUCACCGCGGCAAAUGGUGAGAAAUUCAAGUUGGAGCCACCCAAUGGCGAUGAGCUGCCUGCCCGUGACUUUGACCCUGGCCAGGACACAUACCAACACCCCCCUGCUGAGAGCGGCUCUGUUAUGGUGGACGUCAGCCCCACCAGCACCCGCCUGCAGCUGCUGGAGCCCUUUGACAAGUGGAACGGCAAGGACCUUGAGGACCUGCAAGUGCUGAUCAAGGUGAAAGGCAAGUGCACCACAGACCACAUCAGCGCUGCUGGCCCCUGGCUCAAGUUUCGCGGUCACCUCGACAACAUCUCCAACAACAUGCUCAUUGGAGCAAUCAACAUUGAGAACGACGCGGUCAACAAGAUCAAGAACCGGCUGACGGGAGAGUACGGGGGCGUGCCUGACGUGGCUCGCCACUACAAGGCUAACGGUCUGUCGUGGGUGGUUGUGGGGGAUGACAACUACGGGGAGGGCUCGAGCAGAGAGCACGCAGCCCUGGAGCCCAGACACCUGGGAGGCAGGGUCAUCCUCGUCAAGAGCUUCGCCAGGAUCCAUGAGACCAACCUGAAGAAGCAGGGCAUGCUGCCCUUGACCUUUGCCGACCCCACCGACUAUGACAAAAUCCACCCUGAUGACAAGAUCUCCAUCACAGGCCUCGCAACCUUUGCCCCCGGCAAGCCCCUGAAGGGAGUGGUGAAGCAUGGUGACGGCAGCCAGGACAUCAUCACCCUGAACCACACCUUCAAUGAGAACCAGGUCGAGUGGUUCCACGCCGGCAGCGCCCUCAACAGAAUGAAGGAGCUUCAGUAACUGAAGGGACCCAGGGGGGUCCGGAGGGGCGGAGGAGCACAGAGAGAGGCGGGCCUGGAGAUACUUGG